AUGUGGUCACUGAAGUUGUCGAAUUUGCUUGCGGCAACGGCCUUGAUUCCCUUCUUGAGCACAGCGACGCCUCUUGUAGAGAGGAAUGCCGUCUCUCGAAGGGAUGGAGUCAUCGCUCCUAAGUUCGUCAUCGUAAGCAUGUUCGAGCCAGAAGCAGCCGUAUGGUGGGGCAUUGACGAGUUCGACCUGCUUGCACAAAAUAUCACCUUGCCCGGUCUAUCACCAUUGUUUCCAGAAGUUCACUGCACAGCCAACGGCGAGAUCUGCCAGGUUGUCACUGGUGAAAGCGAGAUCAAUGCUGCAUCUACAAUGUCGGCCUUUGUUUUGAGCCCGAAGUUCGACCUGACCAAGUCGUACUUUAUGGUGGCAGGAAUUGCGGGUGUAAACCCCAAGGUUGCCACAUUGGCCUCUGUGACUUUUGCCCGAUAUGCCGUCCAAGUCGCACUACAGUACGAAUUCGACUAUCGCGACCUGCCAGAUAACUACACCACUGGAUACAUUCCAUACAAUACGGAUAACCCAGCGGAUUGCCCUGAGGAGGCGUAUGGAACCGAAGUCUUCGAGACGAAUCUUGCCCUGCGAGACAUCGCGAUUGACUUGGCCUCGUCGGCCGCGCUUAACGACACGGCGACGGCGCAGGCAUACCGAGCUAAAUAUGCACCGGAGGCAGCAUACACUGCGGGAUCACAGGGACCUAGUGUGCUGGGCUGUGAUGUGGCCACCUCGGAUGUCUACUACUCUGGUACGCACCUGUCUGAAGCGUUCGAGAACACCACACGUAUCUGGACCAACGGCAGUGGAGUCUACUGCACGACGGCUCAAGAAGACAAUGCCUCGCUCGAAGUCAUCCUUCGCGCCACAAGGAUGAAUCUGACGGACUACAACCGAGUCAUCGUCAUGCGUACGGCUUCGGACUUUGACCGCCCGCCUCCAGGAAUCAGCGAGAUCCAGAACUUGCUCUUCGUCGACCAAGGUGGUUUCCCUCCCGCGAUCAAGAACAUCUAUCUGGCCGGAAUCAAAGUCGUUCAGGGCGUUCUCGACGGCUGGGACAGUACGUUUGAGAAGGGCAUCACGCCGACCAAUUAUGUCGGUGACAUCUUCGCCACUCUGGGUGGGACACCAGACUUUGGUCAAAAGAGCUUCUUGAUCACCAAGAAGAGAGCCCUCGCGGCUGCCAAUGAGCAAGGAAACUUGAGAAUGCGUCGUGCCAUGCACAGUGCCAAGAGACGUGCCGCUGCGGCGGAAGCGUUGGGCAUUGAGGUGUAA